AUGAAGCUCGUGCACACCAACUACUGUCAGACGGUCGCCGUCACGAUGAAGUCGGUCCAGCGCUCGGUGCUCGCGUUGGUGCCAAGCGACUGCUUUGCAGUGCGCGUUGACGUCAUGCUUUGCUCGCUUGCAAUCGGCUUUACGUCCAAAGACGCGUUUGAUGCGACGCAGCCCAUUCACGGGAAUGCUGCAGUCAUUCCUUUCGGCAAAUACGCGAGCCUGAUCAAUCACUAUCCCAUCACCAAGACGAUGUCGACUGUGUUCAAUUUGACUCGCAAAGACGUCGUCAUCGUUCG